AUGUUUGAACUCAAUGUUGAGACAUGCCCGUUCAUUACCGAUCACAUGCUUGAUCGAACACAUUCGACAAACUAUGCAGAAGUGGUUUCACGAACGUCGAACCAGUGCAACCACAUGUCGUUGAGGAUGGAGAACAAGUUACAGACAACGUUUGAAGCAGGUACAAGGCUUCGAGGUCAUGGCUUGACAGAACACUUAACACAGGUUGGAAUAUCCAAUGACACGGACAUCGUCGACUUCUCUGAUAACAGUUGCACUUGUCGUGAGUUUCAAAUUAAUCGUAUGCCAUGCGUUCAUGCCACUCGUGCUGCGUGCUUGCGAGAUAUGUCAUUCUACGACUUAUGCUCACCGUAUUACACAUCGGAAUACUGGAGAGGUGCCUAUAGCGAAGCUAUAUAUCCUGUUAUGCGUGAAGUGGACUGGAUAGUCCCAAACGAAAUUACAGGUACUCCUAUUAGGCCACCCAAUGUACGUCAUCCUCCAGGUAGACUACCCACAAGACGUCAACGACCCAGAUUCGAGUCCACCACACGACUAAGGAAAUGCACUCGCUGUGGUGGACUAGGUCAUAAUCGGAGCACAUGUUCCAACCCCAUUGUACCAAAAACCGUUUAA